AUGCCAGUUUUGCUCCCUGUGUUUGUUAGUUAUCAUCGUGAAGUUCCUAUGGUAGACAGGCGUAAGAUUUCGUUCGUAGGAAGAGAGGUAUCAAAGACUGUUUUCCGCAUUUUAGCUCCAAGUUCCAUUUUCCAUGUACUCUACGGCAGCCUGUUUCUGCCACAAACGCACUCCGCCAUCUCCAGCCGCAAAACUCCGCAGAGGGAACAAUUUUCCUUCAUCAACAGCGAUGAGCGCGAUCACUCUACCCCACUCACCCCUCGAGUUGAAAAGCUGCAGCUACGAUGCGCAAGCUGGUCACUCGCUAUUGUUCAUAACCCCCACUACUUCCUCGACUUCCCAGCGCUACCCAUUUAUUACACACCUAUGAUCAACUCGACUCACGCCAGUAUUCGAGAAGAGAUGUUUUCUGCAGCUAGCUGA